AUUUAAACAUUGUUCUUCCACUUACCAUAGCUUCCCCUUAACAACAAUCCUACAUUUCUUCCAGUUAUUAUCGCCACCUUCUCCAUUAUCUUCACGCGAGUACCCUUUUAAUCUCCAUAGACCAAAAGUUUCUGUUGAAUCCAAAUAGGAAAACUGCCACCAUGAAGGUUCCUCAUUUCGUUCUUGCUGGAGCGUUUGCUUCCUACGCUAUCGCAGACGGCGGUUAUGCAAAAGAUUGUCAAGACAUGACAAUCGUCCAAUCAGACGAGAUAUUCAGUCUAAAAGCAUCUUGCAAGGUUGGAAAUAAGUCUCAAUGCUCUGUCCUUGACCUGUGGAAUUGCUACGAAACAGACGACGGCAUACUGAAGCCUAAAGACAAGGGCAACCAACCCAGAUGCAAAUCUUGUGAUCUGAGUGGUACAAUGCUGGAAUGCGACUGUCCCAGUUCUCAUAGGGGACACUACGUCAAGAGCUCUAUAGACACUAAUGACCUUAUUGUCAAUGAUCAGGGAGUUCUUAAAUGUUUCAACAAGAGCGCGGACAACUGCGCCCAGAAACCAUCAAAAUCAGGAUGCGGUAAUAAUCGCUCUCUAAAUCCUCUAGGUUAUAUUCUUCCUUUCUAG